AUGGGGCCCUGGGGGGAGCCAGAGCUCCUGGUGUGGUGCCCAGAAGCAAUAGCUUCAGAACCCUCAGUGCCGGUAGGGCUGGAGGCGAAACUGGGGGCCCUGGUACUGCUGCUGCUGCUGACCCUAGUUUGCAGCCUGGUGCUUGUCUGCGAGCUUCGAAGGUCAGGGGCUAGCCAUGAAUCCUCGGCCUUGGGCCAGAAAGCCCUAAGUCUAGUGAGCUGCUUUCCAGGAGGUGUCUUUUUGGCUACUUGUCUUCUGGACCUUCUGCCCUACUACCUAGCUGCCAUACAUGAGGCCUUGGCGGCCCUGCAUGUGAUGCUUCAAUUCCCCUUGCAAGAGUUCAUCCUGGCAAUAGGUUUCUUCCUGGUCUUGGUGAUGGAGCAGAUCACACUGGCUUACAAGGAGCAGUCCAGUCCACCACAUCCAGAAGAGACGAAGGCUCUGCUGGGAGCAGUGAAUGGAGGGCCUCAACACUGGCAUGAUGGACCAGGGCGCCCCCAGGCCAGCGGAACUCCAGCAGUGCCCUCAGCCCUGUGUGCCUGUGUACUGGUCUUCUCUCUAGCCUUGCACUCUGUGUUUGAGGGCUUGGCUGUGGGCUUACAGCGAGACAGAGCUCGGGCAAUGGAGCUGUGCCUAGCUCUGCUGCUCCACAAGGGGAUCCUGGCAGUCAGCCUGUCCCUGAGGCUGCUCCAGAGCCACCUUCGGGUACAGGUGGUGGCUGGCUGUGGGAUCCUCUUCUCAUGUAUGACACCUCUGGGUAUCGGGCUCGGGGCAGCUCUUCAGUCAGCUGGGCCGCUGCACCAGUUGGCCCAAUCUGUGCUGGAGGGAAUGGCAGCUGGCACCUUCCUCUAUAUCACCUUCCUGGAAAUUCUACCCCAAGAGCUGGCCACUUCUGAGCAGCGGAUUCUCAAGGUCAUCCUGCUCCUAGCAGGCUUCGCCCGGCUCACUGGCCUGCUCUUUAUCCAGAUCUAAGGUGCUCAGAUAGAAAGGGCAGGGGAUGCUGACUGUCAGGUGCCCCUGUCUUCCCUGUCCUUCCCAGUUUGUGGGAGGUAGAGAAGAAGUAGCGAGGACCAAAGAGUUCUCUGAGAGGUAGGGAUGGGACAUUUGGAUUACGAAUAAUGAGAGGGAAAGGGGCAGGUAAGAGGCUAGCCGCAGGCCCGAAGGACAAGAACUAGCCAAGCCACUAGAGAUACAAUCAGGUGACAUUAAGAAUGAGCACACUGCUACAAUCAGAGGUCAGACAUUACACCUGGAGACAAGCUGACACAACUGCAGAUAGGCAUCCCAUGGCUUUGGGUAAGUCAAAGUCCUGUUGGUUCCUGCCCAUUUCAGCACCGCCAGUGGAAGUGCUCCCUCCCACUUUCUUCCUCCUACUCUUCCGUAUGUCCUUUCUACCGAGGGACUAGUGCCAAAUGGUCUCUUCCAGUUUUCGUAAUCUAUCUGGCUU